AGUCUCAAAUCUGGUCUUCUGAGUUAGCACAGCAAACACUACCAAGUACCACCCACUCGAACCAUGGCCGCAUCUGCGAGAAUCACGGUGGCAGCUAUGGCGGUGAUAGCCUUAGCCGCCUCUCUCUGUUGGGUUUCAGCUUCAGCUUCAUCUGUGGGCGAGUUUGUCCACAACACCAUCUCUUCUCACAAGAUCGUCAUCUUUUCCAAGACCUAUUGCCCGUACUGCAAUAGAGCAAAAGCUGUUUUCAAAGAGUUGAACCAAGUGCCGUAUGUUGUUGAGCUUGACGAGAGAGAUGAUGGAUCCAAGAUUCAGGAUUACUUGAUUAACAUUGUUGGGAAGCGUACUGUGCCACAAGUUUUCAUUAAUGGCAAACACCUUGGAGGCUCAGAUGAUACUGUUGAAGCCUAUGAGAGUGGACUUCUAGCUAAACUUCUGGGGAUUGAGACACAGGCUCACGAUGACCUUUGAACUAGAUUGUUGACAAGGGAAAACUCUUCCGGAAGACCAGAUUGUAUUCUGUGAUAAUAUGGAAUCUUCACAUAUAAAGGCUUGAUGAGAUUAUUUUGGCAGAGUGUAAGUUUUCAUUUAUAUAUAAUGUGUUAAACAGUUUUCCUAUUAUCACGGCCUCACAGGCUCCAUCUCCCCCUACUCUCGCUUUCAGCUUCUUUUGUACUGUGAAACUACUUGGAUAGGUAUCCAUCUUUGGAUGCAGUAGCUUAUUUACAGAGUAUAAUAACAUGGAAUGAUUGUUGAGGAGUCA